AUGGUCACCCAUUGUGUGCCGACGUUGCAAUCCAGUGUCGGCACUCUGUAUCAGGAUGAAUGGAAAAUGAACAGAGGAUCGGUUUAUUCGAUAGCUAAAGGAUGCCACUUCACAAUUGCCUUCACGUAUGCGCAUUUGCUCUACAACGCCGGACCGAACAAGCAUCAUCGAAACACCAAGCAUCCUUCCACUCUAUCGUGUUUAUGCAAAGCCAUGGAACCUGUCGGGCUGGCUGUCGGGGUUCUUGGGCUUGCCGGCCUAUUCAGUACCUGUUUGGAUGCCAUUGGGCGGUUUGAGUCCUGGAGGAACUUUGCAGACGAGUCACAACUGGUCCGCACUCUUUUGGAGGGCCAAAGGCUGCUUCUACAGCGCUGGGGCCGCGAUGUCGGGCUAGACAACGGAACGUUAUCGGCCGACCACCACGAAGCCCUAAAUGACCCGAAGAUACUUUCGACAAUCCGCAUGCAUCUAUCAGAGAUCGAAAAAAUCUGCACCAAUGAAGACGGCGCAUUUCUACUUUCGGGCGGUACAACCGCAGGACAAAAGAGCGGCGCACGUUUUCUCCGAACCCAUCCCGAAGCGAGCGCACUUCCCGAGUCGAGGCGGCAGAAGAUGAAGCUCUGCGCGAGUUGGUUCCCGUCGAUGGGGCGAAAAUUAUAA